AUGGGAGUUGACCUCACCGGAGUCCAGAAGAAGAAGCGCGUGGUGCGCCACCACACGUACUCGACGAACCCGUACAUCAAGCUUCUCAUCAAGCUUUACAAGUUCCUCGCCCAGCGCACCAACUCCCCGUUCAACAAGCUCAUCCACCAGCGCCUGCUUAAGAGCCGAGGCAACCGCGCCCCCGUCUCUCUGAGCCGAAUUGCCGUCUGCAUGAAGCGCAGGUCAGUGUGGCUGGAGAAGGGCAAGAAGUCCCCUAUCGCCGUCAUCGUUGGUGAUGUGCUUGACGAUGUCCGCAUGACCCGCAUCCCGGCUCUGCGCGUGUGUGCUCUUCGCUUCUCGAAGAGCGCCCGCGAACGCAUCACUGGUGCUGGUGGUGAGUGCCUGACAUUUGACCAGCUCGCAAUGGUGGCGCCGACCGGAAAGAAUACCUUCCUGCUGCGCGGCCGCAAGUCUGGGCGCGAAUCUGUGAAGCACUUUGGAGCGGCGGGCGUACCCGGCGGCCACGCGAAGCCCUUCGUAUCGAACCGCGGGAAGGAACGCCAACGCGUCGGUACCCGCCGUCGUGCCUUCCGCCACAAGUAA